CUCCCGUCAUUUACGUUCAAACCUGCGAUGCGUCGGGACGUGUUUUUACUCAAAACUCAUCGAAUUCUGCUAUUUACAACUUGCACCCGUAAAUUCAUAAGGAUUGUGAGGCAUAUAUAAAAAGCCGCACGUACAUACAUCCCCAAACAGCCCAUUUCCCAUUCCAAGUAAAAACUCGUUACCAUGCCAUCCAAAAUAGACAAAGGCAAAUCGCCGGCCGCCGCCGGCGAAUCCCUCUCCAUCAACCCCACCAUAUGGAAAGAACUCGCCGUCAAUUCUCCCGCCCUCCCCCGCACCGGCUCCUCCGUCUACUACUUCUGCAACGGCCACGCCGAACAAUGCCCCUCCUUUCCCCAAGACCUCUACACCGCCUUCACCUUCCCUUGCCAUCUCGCCGCCGUCAAUCUCCACGCCGAUCCCACCACCGAGCAAGCCUUCGCCCCCCCCCCGCCCGCCGCCGCCGCCGCUGAACUUUCAUCUCCGGCGAUGGAUGCAACACCCAUCGCCGGAGGCGUGAUUUCGGUCGCAAUAACGCUGACGAAGAGCGAAACGAAUUACAAGAGCAAGAGCUUCUUGAGUCUGCCAGAAAGUGCGGGGCGUGUGUUUCAUCCGUUGGGGACGGGGGAGGAAGUGGACGUGUUUGAUUUGAAUAACCGACGGUGGAGAUUUCAGCAUUUUUACGGGGGGAAUCCGGCUAAGCAUAUGUUGACGGAAGGGUGGAGUUAUUUUGCGUUGAGCAAGAUGCUGGUUGCCGGAGAUGUGGUGGUGUUCAUGCGGGAUGAGGACGGAGUGAUUUUGGUCGGCUGCCGGCGGUGCGGGGACGAUGAAGGUGGUGAGGCUCCGGCGAUUAAGGGAUCGUCGAACAGGAGUUGUAGGUUUGAUGCGGAGGCACGAAAAAAGAGAGAGGAUUUAGAGAUGGUACUUAGAGCAUUGCGGUGGGCGGAGGAAGACGGCGAAGGGGUAGUGGAAGGCAAAUAUUAUCCUGACACGAAGCUUCCGGUUUAUGUGGUGGAGAAGGAGGUGGUGGAUGAGGCGCUAAAGGUUAAGUGGGCGUCAGGAAUGUGUGUAGGCAAGAGGUGGGAGAGGGCUAAUGGCCUCAUGUUUUGGCUCUAUGGUACCAUCAGCUCUCUCUCUCUGGAAUCUGCUGAUACACCAUGGCGUAUGCUUGAGGUUAUUUGGGAUGAAACAGAUAAGAAGACUCGCGAGAAUCCAUGGGAUGUUAAGCCUAUCUUUUCGGUCAUUACUCAAAAGCGGGACGAAAAGGUCCAAAUUGAAGCUUCGGCUGACAAUAAAGGUGAAGAAGCGCCGUCCACCGCCAGCGAGUCUCACGCCAUCGACUUCAUCAUAUGGAAAGAACUCGCCGCCCGAUCCAUCGAACUCCCUCGCGCCGGCUCCUGCGUCUACUACUUCUGCGACGGUCACGCCGAACAAUGCUCUGCUUUUCCCCCAGGCCUCUACACCGCCUUCACCUUCCCCUGCUAUCUCGCCGCCAUCGACUUCGACGCCGAUCCCACCACCGAGCAAGUCUACGCCACAUUCACUCUCACCACCGCCGACUUCUCAUCCACGCCCUUGGAUACAUCCAUCUCCGGCGGCGGCCUCAUUUCCGUUGCAACAACACUGACGAAGGGCGAAACUAACUACCAGAGAGAAAGCUUCUUAAGCCUCCCGGAAAGUGCCGGCCGGAUAUUCGGUGAGCCGGAGGCGGGGCAGGAGGUGGACGUGUUUGAUUUGAAUGACGGGCGGUGGAGGUUUCGCCAUGUUUUCGAGGGAAAUCCGCAGCGGCAUUUGUUGACGGAUGGGUGGAGUUAUUUUGCGUCGAGCAAGAUGCUUGUCGCCGGCGAUGAGGUGGUAUUUAUAGGGGAUGAUGAAGGAAUAAUUAUCGUCGGUUGCCGGCGUUGUGGCGACGAUGGAGACGGUGGGGAUGAUGAAGACGGCUUGAUUGAGGGAUCGUACAGGACAAGAAGGAAGAGAGAGGAGACAGAGAGGGUGUUCAGAGCAUUGCGGUGGGCGGAGGAAGACGGGGAAGGGGUGGUGGAAGCGAGAUAUUACCCUGACACCAAGCUUCCAGUUUAUGUGGUGGAGAAGGAGGUGGUGGAUGAGGCGUUGAAGGUUCAGUGGACGCCAGGAAUGCGAGUAUGCAAGAAGUGGGAGACGGCUAAUGGCUUGAUUUUUUGGCUAUUUGGUACUCUCGACUCUCUCUCCCUGGAUUCUGCUGAUACUCCAUGGCGUAUGCUUGAGAUUAUUUGGGAUGAAACAAACAUGAAGACUCGCGAGAAUCCAUGGGAAGUUAACCCCAUCCCCUUGGUCAGUAUUUCAAAGCCGGAUAAACUAAUCCAGAAUGAUCCUGCGACGGUUAGUCAAGUAAUUAGUACUUAGAGAGCCUUAAUUAUUCUUCACCAAAAUAUUAAUCUGUCAUUAUUAAUGAAUUUUGCUUUCUAAUCGCCUUGACAUGAUAAUAUUUUCAUUAGUUAAUUAUUUAAUUAGUGGGUUCUAAUUAGUAUUUAUUUCCUUGCAUUUAUGAAACUAUUUAUGAGCAGAAACCGGAUAACUUCUAUCCAGCACAAUAGUAAAACAUAGUUUUUUUUUAAUAUUAUGUUAUUGGUUUGUUAUUCUAAAUAAAGCCAGGGACAUUGGCAUACCUAGCACAAAAUUGUUAUGUAUUUAUGUAUCUCACAAUUUUUUUUUAAAUAUUAUAUUUUUGGUGUUUUAUUCUACUUA